AUGGACGCUGUCAGCGACGUCCAGCGCCGCGACUUGCACUUGCUCUACGUGCACCACAACACGCUUCGCUGUGCUUUUACGCGCUGCAUCGCCUGCUGCUACAAGAUCGCUCUCCACAGCCGGCCUGGUUUGCUGCCAAACGUCCGUCCUGAGCUGUGUCCGCGCAUGGAAGCGACGACUGAUGCUGCAGGAGACGACCAAGCAGGUCCAGCGCCUUCAUUUCAAGCCAAUAAGCACUGCAUUGGUCUGUACGAUGCACGAGCAGUGAAGAAGAUCCUGACGGUCGGAGACGGCAACUUUUCGUACUCGUUGGCGCUCGCCAGAGCACUGGGUCCUGACUCCGGCGUGGAGCUCAUGGCUACGUCGCACGAGAGCAGGACGUCGAUCGUAGAAACGUAUCCGGAUGGGGAAAAGAUACUUGGUGAACUAGCUGUGAUGUCAAAUGUGACGGUGAAGCACGAAGUGGAUGCGACGGACGCUGAGCAGCUGAAAGCACUGGGCCAGUUUGACCGCGUCAUUUGGAACUUCCCGUGUAUUCGAGCACCACAAGGAAAAGACGGGCAGAAUGAAGAGAUGGAACGCAACAAGAAGCUUUUGCAUGAUUUCUUUCGUCACGUCGGUCACGUGUUGACGGCUACUGGAGAAGUGCAUGUCACGCACAAAACCAAGGCUCCAUUCAGUCAAUGGGGCAUUAAGAACAUUGCCACGACCAACCAUCUUGGCUACAAGCGGUCCGUCAUCUUUGAUCGGUGCUUGUAUCCGGGAUACACGAACAAAAAGGUACUCUCGAAAGGUUCGUUCCCAAUUUGGGAUUCACAGACGUUCGUUUUCGUGCCUGAAGGACAAGCGCAGCUUCCAGCUGAAGGCGAGGAGACAGGUAUGCCUGACGAUAACGGAUGCCCUGAUAUGAUCGAGCCAGUUACAGUGGAUAUCCUUGAGAAGGUGUACCUGCUGCUUACGCCCUCGUUAGACGACAUGCUAGGUUCCAAGAAGAAGAAAAGGAAGAAGGGGUGCAGUGGCAGCAAGGGCGCUACAAGCAACAGCAACUUCAAGGACGUCAGUAGUAGCCGCAGGGACGUCACCAAUCAAAAGCGCAAGCAACCUGCUUCAAGUCGCUCAAAGGGGAACAAGCACUCGGGCACGAAAAAAAGUCGCAGGUCGUAG